UGUAAAUUCACAAUAUACAAAUCAGAUAAUCUUGGACGAGGAUGUAGGUGAUUGUGUCUCUGCUUUAGCCUAAAUCCCUGCCUUCAUCUUCGUUCUCUCAAACCUUGUCUUGGUAGUAACUAAGUAUAGUUACAGUACUAUCAUGUCACUAGAAAGAAAACCAGUGAGACCCUUCACUCGAACUUGAACUGAAAAGUACAAAGUUGACACCUCUUCAGUGUUCCAAGCAAGGGUUCAACUGGGUUUUUUUUCUGUGUAGAUGAAGCUCCUCACUCUAACCUCCACUUCUCUCUUGUCAGUUCCUCUUUAUUGUUCAUCUUCUUCUUCAUCCCUUGUAACAACACUUCCUGCAUCAUCUCCCUCAUCUUCUUCUUCUUCAUAUAAAUGCACAUCCGGCGCAGGUUUAAGGAGAUGUGUUAGCAAGGAAAAGGAAGAAGAUGUGCUUCUAGAAGGGAUGCCAGAUCACUACUAUGAUGAUGAAUGGCAAGCCAAGCAGCGGAAGAAGACCAGGGAGUUGCAUCGAAAACGCAGACUGGAAGAAGAGGAAGAAGAAAUGAAAAUUGAUGAGUAUCGUGAAAUUGGCAUGCGGCUGAAGGGAUACCCAGAAGAAGAUGUUAGAAAAGCACGGAAAUUGGUUUCAAGCUUUAUAAGAGCUGCUGAAGAAGUUGAAGAGAAAAUUGAGGAAGCCGCUGAGAAAGGAGAACUUGAUGAACUUGUCUUAAUGGUCAUAUGGAAUCGCCUUGAUCUUGCCCGACGUGAUGAUGAAAAGGAUGCAAUUAGAAGUCUGGAUCUGCUAUACAGAAGGGUUGAGACUGAGAUUUUGAAACAAGAGGCUACCCCUGCGAUGAGAUUGCUCAAUGACCUGUUGGUUAUGUAUGAUGGCUUUAAUUUAGAAGAGUGGCUGAGGAAAUGCAAAAAGAUCAUGAUUGAUACAUUUCCACGGGAGGAUCCAUUUAGUAUUCUUGUUCCACCAGGUUUCGAGUCAUUUGACUUAGAUAAGCACCAAGGGCCAUUGCGACUGCCACUUGAAGCUGAUGAUACUCUUUUGAGGGUGGACUUCGUAAGGGAGGUUGAUGAAUUGCUGCAAGAGGUUCGUUCGGAACUGGAUGAAGAAGAGAGUGAACCAGGGUUCGAUCCUCAAUCUGUUGCAAGUAGAUUGAAACAACAGGAGAAGCAACAGACAAUACGCCAAGUAGAAGCUCUGCUAGAUUUAGCCAUUAGUUUGAAAUGGUAGCUAUUUGGUCCCAGUUUGCAUUUUGAUUCACAUGGGUUGAGUUAUCUGACAGUUGAGUUUUGAGUAGGAAAUAAUAUGCAGUGCGUUUACAAGCCAAUUAGCUUCAUGGUGUGGAAGGGUUUCUGUCUCCCUUCUAAGGAUUUAAAUUUUUUUUUUUUUUUUUGAAAUAAACAGCCCUUCUAAGGAUUUAAAAAUUUAGUGCAAAAGAAAAGGACAUACAAAAUGUAGGCAUGGCAAUUUUGGGUGAUUCUCUA